AUGGAAUCCGAUCUAAUUGACUUGAAGUCGGAUAUUGAAAGGCCUUGCACACAGUUAUUUUUUGAUCUUACCCCCACUUCGAAAUUUUCAAAGGAAUUUGCACCAGAUGGUUGGAAUAAACUUAUUUCUGAUCGUCCUGUUGUUCUUGGAGUUGAAUAUUGGAACCAAUCAUUGAUUACUUGUUUAGACAAAUUAAUGAAAGCUCGUGAUCUAUGGAAAAAUUUGAUGGCUCCCGAUCAUAAGAAAAAUUUUCAUAUAAUAAAGACGAUUGAAAUAAAGUCUUGUGGUGGGGAAGCAUGCCGUGCAUUAAGUCUUGAUGGACGUUGUCGGGUGCCAUGGUUCAUUAUCAAAGCUGGUGAGGUUACAGUUCAAUCCACUAUCCGAAGACGUAAUAGCGAAAAGAAAAUUUUGAAAGAAAAUUAG